UCGCCUCUAGUCCUCAGAGGGACGCCUAUAUUAUAGCCUCUUUUAUUUCUGAGGCGGCAACAGUACACACAAUCACCUACACACAGGCACGCACGGGGGACAGAUCAAGUAGAGACAAAUCUACGAGUAAAAAAUGGCAGCAGCAAACCCGGGAGCGGCGGCAGCAGUCGUUGUCCCCGAAGCGCUCCGGGGCGUCAAGGCGCUCACCUUCGACGUCUUCGGCACCGUCGUCGACUGGAGGAGUUCCGUCGAGGCGGAGCUCGCGCAGCGCGCGGCGGAGAAACUCGCCUUGCCGGCCUCGGCCUCGCUGCCGGCCGCGGCGGGGGCGCGCUUAGCCGCCAUGACCAGCGGCGACUGGGCGGCGUUUGCGCAGGAGUGGCGCGAGAGCUAUUACGCCUUCACGCGAGGCUUCGUGCCGGGGUCGUCGUCGGCGUGGAAAGACGUCGACGAACACCACCUCGAGUCGCUGCUCGCGCUGCUCGACGCGCGCGGGCUUGCCGAUGUCUUCAGCGAGGACGAGGCGCGCGAGCUGAGCCGAGCCUGGCACCGCCUGCGCCCGUGGCCCGACGCGGUCCCGGGCCUGCGCCGCCUCGGUGCCGCCCGCUUCGUCACCGCGACGCUGUCCAACGCGAACCGCGAGCUGCUGAGCGACCUCGACGCGUACGCCGGCGGCGGCGGGCUCGGCUUCGCGCGCAUCCUGUCGGCGGCCGACUUCACCGCGUACAAGCCGCACCCGCGCACGUACCUCGGGGCCGCGGCCGCGCUCGGCCUGCGGCCCGACGAGGUCGCCAUGGUGGCCGCGCACCUCGGCGACCUCGCGGGUGCGCGCGCCUGCGGCCUUCGCACCAUCUACGUCGAGAGACCGGGCGAGGAGGCGUGGGACCCCGCUGAGGAGCGGUACGUAGAGGCACGUCGCUGGGUCGACUUGUGGGUCGCCGAGCAGGAAGGCGGCUUUCUCGAGGUUGCGAGAAGGCUCGGCAUUGCCGACGAGACGAGCAGACCAGGCGAGGUAGAAUGAGCGAGCAAGUGAAGAAGCAUGCUCGGGGAGGGGUGUAGGGAGGGGAGCGCUGCUUGCCAGGUUUAGGGGCUUAGAACCGGGGCCGCCGAGGACGUUCGAAGGAUUACAUCGCUGGCCGCAGUUUGUCCGUGGUAUGUCGGUGGCCAGCGUUCGAAUGACAAGUGACAAGUUA